AGGAAAACUUGAUCAUCUUCACCCACGCAUAAAAUUAAAAACAAUGGCAGGUGUAUCUGUUAAGGACGUUGAUGCUCAACGGUUUAUUACCGCUUAUUCUGCUUUCUUAAAGAGAUCAGGCAAAAUGGCCACUCCCCAAUGGAUUGAUAUCGUUAAGACUGGUACCCAUAAGGAGUUGGCUCCUUAUGAUCCUGAUUGGUACUUUGUUCGUGCUGCUGCCAUUGCUCGCCAUAUUUACCUCCGUAAGGAUGUCGGUGUCGGCCGUCUUUGCAAGGUUUAUGGUGGCUCUGUCAACCGUGGCAUGCGUCCUUCUCACCACCGUGAUGGAUCCGGUAGCGUCCAACGCAAGGUCAUUCAAAGCUUAGAAAAGAUUGGUGUCCUUGAAAAGUCUGAUAACGGUGGCCGUCGCAUCUCCCAACAAGGUCAACGUGACUUGGAUCGCAUUGCUUACUCCUUGUUGGAAGAGGAAGAGUAAACGAUUGUUGAAACACGUUAGCUCCUAGAUAAAAAACGAAAAUUAUAUAAAUAAAAAAUGAUGCUUUGUGGGUGCAAAGACAAGGUUGUCUUGAGAUAAUGCCGUAAUUUAAACUGAAUAGUAGUAGGUCUUGAACGUUGGGAA